AUGAAAGGUGCGCGUAUUAAUAAGGAAGCAAUUCGCAUUCUGAAAACCUGGUUCAUCACCCAUGAGAACAAACCCUAUCCUCGUCACAACGACUUGCAGUUUUUGCAGCAGCACACCGGGCUAGAACACAAGCAGAUCACGACCUGGUUCUCGAACGCUCGUCGCCGAGGCCUUUCUCGUGACUCUGGAUCAAAACCUCUGCAAGUCCACGACACUCAGACAAGCCCAAUUGACAUCAUCGCGAGACCUGGUACACCUGCAGUGCAGCUUGGACUUGAGCAUAAAGAUCCUUUGCAACGAUGGGUUGAAUCGCCACCAGAAAAUGAGGCUGCAUUGUUUGGUGAUAUUUUCCGCGCUGUAACUACGGGUUCAGAUUGCUCCAAUAAAACGCUGUACCCAUCGUCUUCUGCAAGCAGUGCCAGCACAUCCUACUCUAAUGCGCGAGCCUUUGCUGCGCCCGAUUUACCAUUCCAAUGCACCUUUUGCGUCGAGACGUUCAAGACAAAGUACGACUGGCAACGUCAUGAAAAGGCCCUGCAUCUCUCGUUAGAGCAAUGGAUAUGUGCACCAGAGGGUCCAAGAAUCCCGGUAUCGGCCAGGCAAGAAGACCAAUUCUGUACUUUCUGCGAUAAACUAUCUCCUGACGAUACACAUCUCGACGAACAUCAUUUCUAUCGCAAAGACCACCUCGUACAACACCUAAGGCUUGUUCACAAAGUUGACACUACAUAUGUCCCACUAGAUCGAUGGAAGACCUCUACGCUGGAUAUACAAUCGAGGUGUGGGUUCUGCAGCCUAGUUAUGCAUACUUGGACGGAGCGAGUGAAUCACUUAGGAGAGCACUUCAAGGCGGGUGCAACAAUGGCGCAAUGGCAAGGUGAUUGGGGGUUCGAGGAUCAUAUAUUGCAGCGUGUGGAAGAUGGCGUGCCGCCAUAUACGUACUUCAUUCAUCUUGAGAAGAUGACGCCUUGGCCUUUGCGCGCAUGUGACACGCCAACCGCCACGUCUGUCAGCGCGUACGAGCUCCUUAAGCUUGAGGUCAACUUUUUUCGACAGAACUAUCUCGAUCUACAUGGGAUACCGCCGGACGCUCGUACUCUUCAGCUAGAAGCAUGCCGUAUCAUAUUCGCAUCAAAUGCGCUGUCAGAUGCCGGGCCUUCGACAUCGCAGCGAGAUGAUGGAGAGUCUUGGCUUCGCGACAUCAUUAUGUCGAACCCAGAUAUCGCCACGGAAGCUCUUUUUGGGCCACUACGUACCCCUUCCGAGGAGACUCAGCUUCGCGCUUUCGUACAAGCAAAAGCUGACGCAUCCGUUGAUCUGCCGGACUGGACACUCCAGCAAGAGGCUUGCGAGAUCAUCCGCCGUAUCGAGGAUGCUCCCAAUGCUACCCUAGAAGGCUUCGCAGGCUGGCUUAUCCACGCGAUCGGAUUAAACAACGUUUGGCUGUCAGCUUUCAAGCUACGCACCAGCUUACCUUCUGACAAUCAGAACCCAUCCGCAGCUUUUCCAGCCCAGCCAGUCGAUGACCAAGGGCUGCUUGCUCCCUUUCCCAUGGAACCCUCGUCCAUUGCCGGAAUCCUCGAGGACCCUUUCCACACGACAGCUCAUGGUCCAUCUCCGCUUGCGCCCACCCUUGGUCUGCCCAAUAAUCACUCAAGAAGCCACAUGGCCAUGGGCACGAACUUCUACCGCCUCUUUGCCAACGACCUUAGGCGCUGGGUCCUCGCCACCAUGUCCCCAUCCAACCCAGGCUGCCAUGUCCCAUCUGAUGCGGAGAUUCAGCAUCACGCACGCUGGAUCAUAUAUGAAUCUGAUGAUCCGUGGAACCAAACUGCUGCGGACCACCCUGAAUGGCUGUGGCGGUUUAAGAAAGAUGUUGGUAUCAUCGGUACUGAAGAUUCCACUGGGACCAUGGGGCUUUGAAGCUGUAGCGCCUUUGGAGCACUACAGUCAGGUGUGAGAGGAGAAUGUGGGGAAUGUAUCUGGGCAUGCAAGGAAAGGAGAGGAGCCGUGCUGCGAUUCAAUGUCGCUUGUGAUCGGAUC